AACGGCAGGACUCGUGUCGUGAGUCUACACUGCAUAUCCACAUCAGGUUGCAAUGCACACUGCAACGGAAUUCAAUUCGAAUUCCGCCCUACUAGUACAGCUGGCAAACAAAUAACAGAUUGAAUGCUCUCGUGCUCCCUUCUCAUUUCUUUCGAGUCCCUGCAGUGCAGCUGUCACUGGCCACAAUGCCAUCAGCGGCUGGACAGCCAAGCAUCGACUUUCCAAGUUUCAGGUGCAGACGGCCGUCAAUCUUCUCUUGGCUGGCGUUGGCAUUUGCUUGCCAGUGCUUCAGCUGAGGUGGCCGCUCCUUGCACUGCACUGCACUGGACUGCAGUGGCAGUGCUUGUCACUCCUUGACUGCGCUGCUUGUCGGAGCUUAUAACACUUAGGGUCGCCCAUCAUCAGGUUGCAGGUACUACUACUACUAUCAAUUGACUACAGUUUCCUUCCCAUCAUCCGUUUCAAACGGCCCGUUUGCAUUGCAGCUUUCUCUUCCUCCGGCUUGAGUCACUUGUGCCCCAGUCAUCGACUUGUUGUUUCUUCAUUUGCACUUUGAUUCUCCUGCUGUUCGUUUGUUUAGGAUCCUUCGAUUCCCGCCGCUGUGUCUUCAAGUGGUCGUCAGACUCUACCUUCGUGACCACGACUCCUCCUGACAUGCUUCUGUGAAGCCUGAGCCAGGCCACUCCUCAGUCUUCAAAUUCUCCUCUCUGCGUUUUCUCUGUCCACUUCCUACCUCUCCUCUACACGCUACAGUGUCUCCAAAAUGGGACUUUUCAACCGAAAAGCAAAAGCACCGACUCAAACAUCUACCACGAAGAAAAAUAUCUCCGAGAAGCCUGGAGGAUCGUCAGCCACUGCUAGCGAUGGGGCCCUUCCACAAUACAACCACAAUGGCCAUGCAGUCACGCCGGGCAUACACCCUGACGGCGAGAGUGGUCGUCGAGGAAUCAACCCUCUCCACUUCUUGCGGAUCGUAUGGCGGUCUUCCUGCAAAGUUUCGAGUUGGGUGAACGUCCUGUGGCCAUUUGUCCCCGCAGCCAUUGCCCUCCAUUUCGUCCAUGGGGACCAUCAUCUCUGGACUUUUGCGAUCAAUUACAUUGCCAUGAUACCGGCGGCCAAUCUCCUAGGGUUUGCAGGACAAGAGUUUGCGAGAAAACUACCCAAAGUGGCGGGCAUCCUCAUUGAAACAACCUUGGGAUCUGUGGUGGAAAUCGUGCUGUUCAUGGUCCUGAUUGCUAAGGACAAUGGGACCGGGGAAACCGGCCAUGGGAACAAGAUCCAGGUUAUCCAAGCCGCCAUACUCGGGUCCAUCCUCACCAAUCUGCUGUUGUGCCUGGGCUUCUGUUUCUUGAUUGGCGGGUUCAAGCACAAAGAACAGAAGUUCCAUCCAGUUAUCAGUGAGGUGGGAUCAGGCAUCAUCCUCGUUGCCGGAUUUGCGCUCAUGAUUCCUUCCGCCUUCUUCUCCUCCCUAAUCGGCAGCACUGUCACAUCAGGAGAGGGUUACACCGAAGACCGACUCCGUAACGACACACUCAGCAUCAGCCACGGCGUUUCUAUUAUCCUGAUUGUCUCCUUCAUCCUGUAUUUGCUGUACAACUGCGUCUCCCACGAUAACAUCUUCGCUGAAGUCCUCGAGGCCGAUGAGGAAGCUGACCGCGACCGACAUGUUGAUCUGGCAAAGGCCAAGUUAACCUUGACUGAAUGUUUGGCCGCAAUUGUAUUUGCAUUGGCCUUGAUUUCUCUGAUUGCAGUCUUUCUCGUCGAGGAGAUUGAGUAUGUCGUCGAGCACGGAGUUCCCGACAACUUCUUAGGUUUGAUCCUGGUGCCCUUGGUUGAGAAAGCAGCCGAACAUCUUACUGCCGUUGAUGAAGCCUAUGACAAUCAAAUUAACUUUGCCCUCUACCAUUGCUUGGGACCCUCGAUACAGACCGCCCUUUUCAACGCGCCUCUUGUCGUCAUUGUAGGAUGGGGUUUGGGGAAACCCAUGGAUCUCAACUUUGAAAUAUUCAUGGUGGUGCUCUUGAUCGUGGCCAUUUUGGUCGUGGGGAAUUUCCUGAGAGAUGGUUCCUCCAACUACCUGGAAGGAGGUCUUCUUGUGAUUGUCUACAUCAUCAUUGCAGUCACGGCGUGGUACUAUCCCAACGCGGAAUUGACCACAUCGAACGGGCGCGCUUCAACCGAGACUGCGGGAGAAGGAACUGAGGCGUUGGUUAAUGCUGCGAAGAUGCUGAUGUCGUGAGCGCUGUCGACUCGGACAGGAUGUAUGUUAUACACCGAAGCGAGGCGUCCCGGGGGUUGAUCAUGUGCUAAGCGAGCAUUGUUUUUGGCUUGGUGCUUUACCAAGUGACGACGAUAUGCGCUGGUGUAAAACUACGAUGCGGCUCCGUUGACUCGGUCGACUUAGGUCCGAAUCGAUUUUCUGUCCAUCAUUCAGCUCUAGUCUUGGAGACCCUUGAUCUACCAAGUAUAACGUACUAUGACGGGCCCAG